AUGGCGUGUUUUAUAACGCUCACUUAAUUGCUGAGUGCUACUCCAAAAAACCCUUGAUAUAUCAUUAACACCCUACAAACAUAUUUUGGUUCUUGUAAAGGGGCCCGAUCAUUUUCUAUCUCCCGGGCCUGACUAUUGAGUCCUCUCUUUUACUGAUAACAAGUGUUUACCCUUCGUACCACGCUCACACCACCGCCACCACCAUCAUCAUCAUCAUCUUAUCGUGCUGUUAAUCGGCGGCAAUAAUAUCAGUCCAUGACAGCAUGCUGACUUGUAGACACUGGAUUGGUCAGCUACGCCGCUGGUCUAGCACUAGCUCAAGGGCCCUUCUCACAGAUCAGAAUUAUGUGGAAUUGCGAUUGGAUGGUAAAGAAGUCGCUAAGCCAUUAAAGUAUCCAACUGUUUGGCUACGGGACAACUGUCAAUGUCCAGAAUGCUUUCACGCAUUCACCAGAGCCCGGAAGAGUCACUGGGAGCAAGGGCCCUUAAAUGUGAAAGCCGAAAGUGUAAUCUACAAUGAGCAGAGUCAAAAACUGGAAGUCCAAUGGGAGGAUAGACACAAGAGUAGCUUUGCGUUGGAGUGGCUGAAGGAACGAGAUUUCAGUGAGGAGACAAGGAAUAAGUAUUUACACAAUGUCUACAAGCCAUUGGCCCAAUUGUGGAGCAAAAAAGAGUUUCAGCAAGUGCGCAAUGAAUUUCAAUAUGAAGAUAUUCUACAAAAAGAUGAAGUAUUAAAAUCAUGGCUUGAAGCAUUGGCUGUCCAAGGAUUUGCAAUACUGAAACAAGCACCGAAUGACAUGAAUGUUGUACGUCAUUUGGCUAAUCGCAUUGGCUAUAUAAAGAAAACGACAUAUGGGGAUAUUUUCGAAGUGAAAUCAAAGCCAAAUGCUGGCAAUUAUGCUUAUAAAAUGGUACCGCUUCCCCUUCACACCGACAUGCCCUAUUAUGAGUACAAAGCAGGGAUUAAUAUUUUACACACUUUGGUCCAAUCGUCAUCGGUGGGCGGAGCAAAUACACUCACCGAUGGUUUCUAUAUAGCCGAUCAGAUGCGCCAACUCUAUCCUGAUUACUUCAACGUCCUUAAAUCCAUACCGGUCAAUUGGUAUGACAUUGGACACGAUGGUGAUGCCAAGCAACCGUUUCACAGUCUUUGGCGUGCUCCCGUCAUCUGUCUGGAUGUUGACAACCAAAUAACCCGCAUCAAUCAAAAUACCACCAAGCGGGAUAGUCGUUUCUCAGUGCCAUUGGACCAGGUCCAGAAAUGGUAUGAGGCGUAUAAUAAAUUUCUAGAACUGGCCAGUGCGGAGGCGGUGGAAUUUAAAACUGAAGCCGGUGACGUCUUUGUCUUUAACAAUUUAAGAAUGCUUCAUGGACGCACAGCCUACGAGGAUUCGACGGAGAAUAAGCGACAUCUGGUCGGUGCCUAUGUUGAUUGGGAUAUUAUCUAUUCCAAGUUGCGUACCCUUAAAUUUCCCAAUGCCCAGGAUUAGAAAGUGAAUUUACUUUUGUUGGCCGUUUUUGCAGUCCAGUUUUUACAAAAUAUGAAAAAUUUGUAUAAUUUCCUUGAAAUACAAAUGUACAUGUGUAUGAAUUUUUCAAUACAAAAAUUUACAUUAAAUAUAUAGUAUCCGAUACAAAUUGAAUCCAUCCUUUAAGCAAAUGGUAUUUGAAAUAUUUAUCU